AUGGCUUCUCACACUAAAAAGGACGAUUACUGCCUCGAGUGUCAAUGGGAGUCAUUUCACAUAGACGGGAAAGAAUCGGAGAACCAGUCGGAUGCCCCCGCAACAUCCCAGUGGGAUUGCUCAGGCGAGGGACAUGACGCCUCGCUCGAUCACUGUCAUGUCGACGACGCCUGCUGCGACAUGGACGACUGCUCCAUCACUUGUCCCUCGGUUUGCGACGGGCUCGUGGAGUGCGAUGACACCGUAUGCACCGACACCCACUGCAAUGAUGGCUGUGACGAUACGCAUUGCGAGAACGCCGAGACCCUUUGCUUUGAUGAACACUGCUUUGGUAACGAUGGUAACGAUGCAACUGUUGCAGACCAUACGCUGGAGUCUCUUUUAGGGCUAGCAGGCCCCAUUAAUCUGGAAUCCAACGAGUUACUUUCGGCAUGUACAGUUGGACAAUCCCAAGGAGAUGAACUGCCCAAAACAACGGGUAAUGUAACUUCGGAGAUGGUGACUCCUCAUCCCUCUCUGGAUUCCCUCUUCCCUCAGCAUUCGAUCCCGGUCGCCCAUUGCCAUACGCACAGUUUCCCUCAUUUUCAUUUCCAUGACUCCUCUAAAGACGCUCACGGCAACACGAUGCACCAACCGUUCCCGGUUCAGAACGGUGUUAAUCCGGCAGAUGUAUUCCAUAUGCUGGGAAUGUGUCCCGACCUUUCCGCCUGUCAAAACUUUCAUGUACACGAAAACACGAACUGCGACCAUGUUAACAAACCGAAUCCUGACACUGGUUCUAAUUCAUUCGCCUGUUUCCAUAUCCCGCCUAAUGUUAAUCUUAACGACCUCAUGAAAAGCCCGGUACAUAUCCACAGUAACCCCUCGAGGGGCCCUUGUCGCACGCACCACCGCUGUCGCACGCAUGCGCAUGCUCAUGUGCAUCCAUACGGACAUUAUUCGCCAUACUCCCGCCAGUCCCGCUCCAGCGUGAGCUCGCAAUUGAUAUCCAGCCCGGGCGAUAGCCCUCCACCUCUGGAGGGCGGGACACCGUCGGUGCUGACAAGCCCGGUUACUCCGACCGAGAACGAAGUGCAUAUUUGCAAGUGGACCACCACGUCAAGUGGCGUCAAGACUAUUUGCGGUGCUCAAUUCUCUGAUUCCUGUACUCUUCAGGAGCAUUUGAUCGCGCAACACAUGUCAACCAUCAAUGGCGCCAAGGGUACCGGAUACUACUGCUGCUGGGAGGGCUGCCACCGUCCGGAUGAACCAUUCUCGCAGAAGUCCAAGCUACAAGGCCAUUUCCUGACCCAUAGCAACUACAAAAACUUCAAAUGCUCCGUCUGUGGCAAAUUUUUCGCUCGACAGGCAACGUUGGAACGGCAUGAACGAAGCCAUCGGGGGGAGAAGCCCUACAAGUGCUCUGAAUGCGGGAAAGCUUUCACGGACAGUAGUGAACUGAAAACCCAUUCACGGACGCACACCGGAGAGAAACCCUUCAAGUGUACCUUUCCUGGAUGUAACUUCCAGACCGGUGAUCACAUGGUGAACGGAAACACAAAUGCAUUUACCCAGGAUGUACCAAGAGCUUUACUCGACCUGGUGAGUGCCUACGACAUCUACUGGUGUUCCGCAUGCUGA